AUGGCGCUCGCCACGGCCACCGCGCGCUCGCAGGCCGUGUCGUCGACGGCGCCCCUUCGUGGCGCUGCCGGCGCUUCCUUGUUAGCGGCCCUGGCCUUACUCAGCCGCCGGGAGAUCCUCCGCAGGUGCGUCCCCACCGCGUGCCCCCUCGGCGCCACGCUCGCCGCAACCGAAACAUUUCCCACGCUCGCCGCCGCCUGCUGCGCAUCCUCCUCCUCCGCAUGGACUUUGUUGGACGCGCGCGCGAGGACUUUGUUGGAGGUCCACAUCCGCAUCCCGGCGCCGCCCGCGCCGAAGCGCAGUGCGGAGCUGGACGGGCUCUGCUGCCCGGAUGUGCUGAAGCUGAAGUCGUCGGCGCUCGACGACGAGGAGGAGGACGCCGAUGGCGAGGAGCACGAAUCGGUUUCCUUAUUAGCACCGGCGCCGCCCGCGCGGAACGCCGGGGACGACGGGCAGUCAGACUCGGAGGGUGCAGGCGUCGCGGCCGUGGCCACCGUCGUCGUGCCCACGGCGUACGGGAACAGCCAAUUCAUCGCAGCGACAGUGACUGCACUGCGUGCUGGUGGCUCUCGUUCUCGUAGGAAUGGGAGUUGGAGGUGUGCGUGUGCAUCGGUGCAUGCAUGCCAUGCCAUUGUUCAUGGCAUGGUGGCGUGUCUUUACAUUCACGUCGUGAUCAUUUUCUACAGCGCGUCCUCCUGGAGAUUGGCAGAUGACAAACAUUCUUGCUGA